AUGUUAGUGCAAGCUUAUAACCUAGUGGCUCAUUCCUUCCUUCUCUUCCUCUUAUUCUCUUGCAUUAUAUCUACAAAUAUCCAUGCCUGCAAACAAACUGAACACAGCUCCCUCCUGUCCUUUGCCUCCACUCUAUCUUCUCCUCCUUUAAAUUGGACAUCCCUUGAUUGUUGUCGUUGGAAGGGCAUCACUUGUGAUCAAGAUGGUUGGGUCACCCGUUUGCUCUUACCUUCCAAAGGGCUCAAAGGAGGUAUCUCUCCCUUUUCACUUGCAAAUCUCACCCAUCUCACCCACUUGAACCUUUCCCACAAUUCACUGUAUGGUUCACUUGAAACUCAAUUCUUCUUGUCUUUGAAUCAACUUGAGAUCCUUGAUUUGAGCUAUAACCGUCUUUGUGGAGAACUACCACUUUCUCUACCAUCUAUUAAUAUACGGACAGUUGAUUUGUCCAGCAAUCACUUCUUUGGUGCAAUUCCAUCUUCAUUCUCAUUCUUCUUGUCUUUGAAUCAACUUGAGAUCCUUGAUUUGAGCUAUAACCGUCUUUUUGGAGAACUACCACUUUCUCUACCAUCUAUUAAUAUACGGACAAUUGAUUUGUCUAGCAAUCACUUCUUUGGUGCAAUUCCAUCUUCAUUCUUCCAACAAGCAAGCAACUUGACUAGUUUCAAUGUCAGCAACAAUACCUUCACAGGGUAUGUCCCAUCAUCUAUUUGUCUCCAACAUUCUUCUCCCUUCCUUAGGCUAUUGGAUUUUUCUUCCAAUGUAUUCAGCGGCAACCUUGCUCCUGGGCUAGGGAAGUGUUCCAAACUGCAGGUUUUUCGUGCCGGUCACAAUAACCUCUCAGGAUUAUUUCCAAAGGAUAUUUAUAAUGCUACAAAACUUGAAGAAAUUGCAUUACCUCUCAAUUCACUACAUGGAGCCAUUAGUGAUAAAAUUAUCAACCUCACUAACCUCGCAACCCUUGAUCUCUACUAUAAUCAUUUUGGCAGCGAGCUUCCUCUCAAUUUGGGGAAGCUAUCUAAGUUGAAGUUUGUGAACUUUGAUUUCAACAAUUUAGAAGGUACUUUGCCCCCAUCUUUGAUGAAUUGCACAAAACUUGUAGAAUUGCGUUUGGGAUCCAACAACUUGGAAGGAGAUAUCUCCAUGCUUGAUUUUUCCAGACUUAGUCAACUUACUAAACUUGACCUAAUGAUGAAUAACUUCACUGGUACGGUUCCAGUAAGCCUUUACUCAUGUCGGUCCUUAAAAGCCAUUCGGUUGACUUGGAAUCAUCUAGAGGGACAAAUAGAAGCUGAGAUUCUUUCAUUGAAAUCCCUGUCCUUCCUCUCUCUUGGUUACAAUCAAUUCACCAACCUCACAGGGGCAAUGAAGAUAUUUUUGAGUUGCAAAAGUCUUCACGCACUCUUGCUUAGUGGUUCGUUUGUGGGUGAGGGAAUGCCAUCUGAUGAUGACAUGGUUGAUUUUCAUGGAUUCCAAAAUCUUCGGGUCUUGGCUUUGGAAAGUUCUAACCUCACUGGUCAAAUACCUCUAUGGUUAUCAAAGCUCAAGAAUCUAGAGAUCUUGUGUCUAAGUUCUAAUCAAAUCACAGGGCCAAUUCCAAGUUGGUUGGGGACUCUUCCUAAACUAUUUUAUAUAAGAUUGUCAGACAACCGAAUUUCAGGUGAAUUUCCAAAGCAACUUUGUCGACUACCAAGUUUGCUUUAUGAACCUAAUAUUGCAUCUCAAGUAGACGAAUAUGAAUUUGAAUUUCCUCUCACUAGCAACAGCGUCAGCAUAAAUGGAAAUCAAACUUUUCCACAGCAAAAAUUGUAUUUUUUACCAGGAUGGAUAGACGUAUCUAACAAUAACAUUAGUGGUUAUAUACCUGCUGAGAUAGGCCAAUUGCAGCUUCUCCGCAAGUUGGCUCUUGACUCCAACAACUUCUCCGGCAUCAUUCCAGACCAAAUAUCUAACCUAAAAAAUUUAGAAGUAUUGGACCUUUCCACGAAUCACUUGUCUGGAAUAAUCCCAUCAUCAUUGGUGAGUCUUAAUUUCUUGAAAGAAUUUAAUGCCUCAUACAAUAAUCUUGAAGGACCAAUACCAACCGCGCAUUCUUCCUUUCAAAAUCCUUUAUAA